GUAAUUUAGAUGUCACCUCUCUCUCUCUCGCUUUCUCUCUCUAAGUGUGUGUGCGCGCGCGCGCGUGCAAUGCGACCUUACAAUUUUGUCAAAAUUUUGCAAUUAGGGGCGUCGUUGUCACACCCCAACGUACACUUAAUAUUUUUUUGUCUGUAUAAUUUGUUUGUUUGUUUUAUCAUGUUUCCCAAAUUUGCUUCAAAACUAGACGCUUAUCACACCUCAACUAACACUCUUUUCUUUUCUUUCCUCACUAUAUAAAUUUCUUAAAACCCUCAUCAAUCCUCACACUCCACCAUUACAUGUGAUCAAGAAUAUUCCGCCACCAUUGUCAUUCUAAUUAACAUAUAUCAAAGUAUAAAUAAAAAAGUAAACAAUGACUGAGCCGCCGCGCUCGGCCGCGGAAACAAUGACUGAGUCGACUCGCGAGUCAGGCGAGGGCAAGAAGAGCAAGCCCAGCAAGAAGAGGGCAGCGAAAGAGAGCGGAAACAAGCACCCGGUCUACCGAGGAGUGAGAAUGCGGAGCUGGGGCAAAUGGGUCUCCGAAAUCCGGCAGCCGCGGAAGAAGUCGCGCAUUUGGCUGGGAACUUACCCCACGGCGGAGAUGGCCGCGAGGGCCCACGACGUGGCGGCGAUGUGCAUCAAGGGAAACUCGGCAAUCCUCAACUUCCCCCAACUCAGCGACUCGCUGCCCCGGCCCGACUCGCUCUCGCCCCGCGACGUGCAGGCCGCCGCGGCCAAGGCGGCGGCAAUGGAGGAGCUCGGCCCGUCUUCCUCCUCCUCCUCUUGCUCCUCGUCGUCCUCCACGGUGACCUCCACCGGCGGUGAAGGGGAAGAGCUGGGCGAGAUCAUUGAGUUGCCGAGUUUGGAGGGGAGCUACGAGUCGACCGAGUCGGGGGGCGAGUUGGCCGUGGUUGACUCGGCCGAGGGGUGGCUGCAACCGCCGUGGUGGGCGUCGGAUAACAACUUUUAUGACUAUUUCUACGACCAAGUAGGUGGCGACGGCGGUGGCGAUGGCGGUGGUGGUGGGAGUUUGAUCUCAUGCAGCUUUGAGACUCUCAAGUGGACAAGCUAAAUUUAGGAGGUGUGCCUUGUGCUUCUCUACUUGUACUUUCGUUUUUUGAUGGUUAAAAAUCACUAUAUUGUACAUAUUACUCAUUUUCUCCCCCCAAAUUUAUGUCCACUUUUUGUCAUUGAUUUUUUUUUUUCUUCUAGUUUCGAGUGGUUUAGAGUCACCUUGUCAAUAUGAGUGUAUACUUUUUUUUUGCUUUUCAAUAAAUAAUUAGUAAGUAUUUGUUUGGUUAGUUUACACAUGAGUUUUGUAAAUAUAACCACUCCCUUCGUUCAUAAUAAAUGUGAUUUUUUU